AUUAUUUAUUAGAGAGAGAUAUCCAUUAGAAUAGGGACCCCUAUCGCCGAAAAUAAGAGAACUUUUAGAAAUUUCGGUAGUUUCGAGGAAAUUUUGGUAAUUACUGGGAUAUUACUGAAAUUUCUUUUAUUUAUUAGAUAGCGAUAUCCAUUAGAAUAAACACCCCUACCUUCGAAAAUAAGAGAAAUUCAGUAUAAUAAGGGAAACUUCAGUAAUUUCGCUGCAGUUACCAAAAUUUCCUCGAAAUUACCGAAAUUUCUGUAAACUCUCUUAUUUUUCGAGAUAGGGGCCCCUAUUCUAAUGCAGAUCUCUAUGUAAUAAAUCCUAGAAAUUUCAGUAAUUUCCCAGUAAUUACGAAAAUUGUCUCGAAAUUACCGAAAUUUCUAUAAAUUCUCUUAUUUUUCGAGAUAGGGGUCCCUAUUCUAAUGGAUAUCUCUAUGUAAUGAAUAAUAGAAAUUUCAGUAAUUUCCCAGUAAUUACCAAAAUUUCCUCGAAACUACCGAAAUUUCUAUAAAUUCUCUUACUUUUGGAGAUGGUGAUCACUGUUCUAAUGCAGAUCUCUAUCUAAUAAAUAAUAGAAAUUUCAGUAAUUUCCCAGUAAUUACUAAAACUUCCUCGAAAUUACCGAAAUUUCUAUAAAUUCUCUUAUUUUUCGAGAUAGGGGUCCGUAUUCUAAUGGAUAUCUCUAUCCAAUAAAUGCUGGAAAUUUCAGUAAUUUCACCGCAGUUACCAAAAUUUUCUCGAAAUUACCGAAAUUUCUAUAAAUUCUCGUAUUUUCUGAUGUAGGGGUCCCAGUUCUAAUGGAUAUCUCCAUGUGAUUAAUAAUUGAGGUUUCGAAAAAUUGUGGUAAAUUUCGGAAACUACUGUAAUAGACUUUGGAAGUUUAAGGAAAUUUCUUUUGCGUGAUGGAGUGUUUUCUGAAUUUGUAUAGAAAAUUCUGGUGGAUGUUGGCGAAUUACUUGGAAAUUUGGUUUUGAGAUAUUAUUGAAUCUCGGUAAUUUCUGGUAAAUUUCUGUAUUUGGUUCGUGGAUGAAGGCGUAUGGUGAAUCGUAAAUUAUGGUAAUUUCGGAAAUUGGCUUUUUUCGGAAAUCUAAACAUACCUCCUCAUGUAGUUUUUCAAGCUCCUUCUAACGGUAAAUGUAAAAUUGAGUUUUGAUCAAGUUUUACGGUCAAAGAGCGCGUUUUAAAUAAAUUUCAUGCUGAUAUCCAUAACUUUUAAUUUUGUAACAUCUACAGAGCACUUUUUUUAAUUAUUCUUUUUUUAUUAGAAAGCUGAGACUUCGCUCUUUCAAAUGGUAUAUUUGAAAUUUGAAAGAUCCGUCGCUGCUUGAGAAAUGUCAGAAACCAUAGAGAAAAAAAAAGCGUGCAAAUAUUUUUUUCGUUCCAAAUGUCAACUGAGUGUAAACGUAGACUCAUUAUAGGCUCAUGUACGAUCGUUAAAAUUUAUUUAAGUGAACAGAAGUGUAGAACAGACUUUGGUUAUCUUAUGAUAAAAAAAAAAUAACUUUCUUAUCUCUUUUAUUUUAAGAGGUAAUAAGCUCGCACGAGAAGCUUCUUACAGUGUCCGAAUACUUCUUACACACAUUGUAUAUCUGAAAAUUUUUUCAGAACACUUAGUGUUGUGUUCAGUGAUAUUAAAGCACAACCACCCAUUGAAUCCCAAUGUAAUCCAAAUGACUGUAAACGCGUAGGAUGCUCAAUAAAUACUGAUUGUGAAUGUUUAUCACUAACUAAUGGUGGUGGAAUGUGUGCUGAUGCUCUAGUGCAAUGCUCGAUACUUACCCCGUGUGAAAACGAUAAUCAAACGUGUAGAGCACCAAAUACAAUAUGUAUUCAACAUAGUCGAUGUAACAGUUUAAAACCAUUAUGUUAUCCAAUUGCAUUAGCUAGUCUUCAAGUUUGUCCUCCAUAUUGUCUCGAUUCUGAUUUGAUUACAUUUGAUAAUAUACUAAAUGUAACUGAUACGAGUAAUGGUUUUGUCAUACCUAAUGGAUAUUCUGGUUUAAACUGGAACCAAGCAAUGGCUUUAAAUAAAUCAUCGGCAAAUCCUCAACUGAAUACAAGUGGAUAUUUUAAUGCACUUAAAAGCGGACAAUUUAUUGCUUACAAUGGAAAUGGGAAUCCAAUGACAAUAAGUAGUAGAGACAACAAUAUCUUUAAUAUCAGUUCCUUCGUAGGUUCUGCUGCUUGGGUAAACGAUUUAGCUGUAACAAUAAUUGGACGACGUUUAUCUACACCAAUUUAUAGUACAACAAUUAUUCUUCAUAAAAAUAUGUCUAAAUUGAUUGAACUAAAUUGGAUUGAUUUAGAUAAUAUUACAUUUUCGACUUAUGGAUCUGAUGGACAACAAUUUGCAAUGGAUAAUUUAUGUUUAACAACCACGUAA